ACACACACACACACACACACACACACACACACACACACACACACACACACACACAUAUACACACAGAGAAACCACUGCAGCAGCUUCACCAAUCCAUGAUUUCAACUGCCUAAGAGCUCCAGUAGAUUCAGCAUGUCUGACUUCGAUGUCAUUGUCCUGGGCACCGGGCUCAAGGAAUGCAUUCUGUCCUGUUUGCUGUCCAUCUGUGGGAAAAAGGUUCUUCACAUUGACAAGAACCCGUAUUAUGGAGGAGAGGGCACCUCCAUCUCACCCCUUGAACAGCUGUAUAAGCACUUCCAGCUUCCGGGACCUCCUAAAGGAAUGGGACGCGGCAAAGACUGGAACAUCGACCUCAUUCCAAAGUUUAUGCUGUCCAAUGGGCAGCUGGUGAAAAUGCUGCUGUUCACAGAGGUCACACGAUACCUGGACUUCAAAGUCAUCGAUGGAAGCUACGUGUUCAAAGGUGGAAAAGUUCACAAAGUUCCCAUUACAGAGGCUGACGCUCACGCUUCAGAUCUCAUGGGGAUGUUUGAUAAGAGAAGAUUCCGGAAGCUGCUGCUCUUCAUCCUAAACUUUGAUGAGCAUGACCCUCGCACUCACCAGGACAUGGAUCCACACCGGGCCACUAUGAGGGACGUGUUCCGCCAUUUUGAUUUGGGGCUGGACGUAGUGGAGUUUGUUGGACAUGCACUGGCUCUGUACAGCACUGAUGAUUAUCUGGACCAGCCAUGUCUGCAGACCAUCAAGCGGAUCAGGUUGUACUCAGAUUCUGUGGCACGGUACGAUCACAGUCCUUACCUGUUCCCGCUGUAUGGACUCGGGGAGCUGCCUCAGAGUUUCGCCAGACUUAGUGCUCAGAAUGGAGAAAGGUACAUGCUGAACCGCCAGGUUGACGACAUCAUCAUGGAAAAUGGAAAAGUGGCGGCGGUGAAAUCUCAAGGAGAGGUUUUCCGAUGUAAGCAGCUUUUGUGUGAUCCCAGCUACGUCCCCACCCAGGUUAAGAAAGUGGGUCGGGUCAUCAGGGUCAUCUGCCUGCUGAACCAUCCGAUCAAAAACACUCAAGAUGCCAACUCAUGCCAGAUCAUCAUCCCUCAUACGCAGGUUCACAGGAAAUCCGAUAUCUACGUGUGCUUCGUCUCCUCCACUCACAACGUGGCACCUGAAGGGAAGUACAUCGCUGUGGUGAGCACCAAUGUGGAGACGAGUAACCCAGAGAAGGAAGUGCAGCCAGGACUGACUCUACUCGAACCCAUCAUGGAGAAGUUUGUUUCCAUUAGCAACUUCAUGGUCCCCACAGAUGACGGAAGGCGGAGUCAGGUUUUCAUCUCGCGCUCAUACGACGCCACCUCCCACUACGACAUGGAAUGUGAGGACAUUAAGAAUCUUUUUCGCCGCAUGACAGGGACAGAGUUUAGCUUUGAGGAUUUCCGCAGAGAGUGUGAGGUUGAAGACGAUUAAAACUAUGGCAUGUUCAUAUAUAUAUAUAUAUAUAUAUAUAUAUAUAUUUACACAUACACACACACACACACACACACACACACACACACACACACACACACACACACACACAGAAACUGGUGUUAUAGACUGAGUGAAUUAUGCAGGAGAAGGAGGAGACGUGCUAAAUACUGUAUACAAUAAAAUAAAGAGUCCUGUUCUUCCUCUUA